ACUGCGGGAGGGCGCGUCAGUCGAAUACAAACAAACGAGCUGUUUACAUACACGAAGAAAAACAAACAAAAACAAUGUCUCUUAUGCCAUAUUGGUUGCGUCAUUUGAGAAAUGUGGCUUACCGGGAUCCAGUUGCAAGGAUUUUAGAAGAUCCAUUCGCUGUUUUCGCCAAAGAUCCUUUCUUCCGCGAUCCGGUGAAGUUUAUCAGACAGAUUUCGGCCCCUCUGGAGAAAGAGCAGCAUGGAAUCGAAGGAAUCUACUCCGACUCAGAAAUCAAAGUGGACGGAAAAAAAGUUGAAGUGCAUUUGGAUGUUCAGAAUUUUACACCAGAACAGAUCGAGGUGAAAACAGUCGGUAACGAGAUUAUGAUAGAAGGCAAGAAAGAAAUUAAGCGCGAAGAUGGAUGGACGAAGAGCCACUUCGAAAGACGUUUCCUGUUACCGGAGGGCUUUCCCCCAGAGAGGGUCGAGUGUCAUCUUGAUAAGGGAAAACUGAAGUUAGUGGCGUUUAGGGCUGAACCACUCCCGGAACGAAAAAUACCAAUUCAAGACAAAUCUGCAGAUGAUAAGGCCUAAACGUGUACCUUUAUAUGUGUAACGUAGCAAUAUUUAGUUUCCAGACUGAUAGUUUAAUAUGUUUAUAUACUAUGUA